ACUCUUUGAGUCUCCAUCCUCUCUUCCCGCCAUUUCCAGUCCCACUCCUCCCCGACCCUGCCAUCACGACAAGCAGCUGCGAUUUCCCUGGGCAACGGAUUCCUUCGUAUAGUUCUCAAACAUGACCAGAGAGGACAUCGAAAAUGGAAGCGAGGACAUGGUUAUUGAUGAGGGUAAACCUGAAGGCGGUGAACGGAUGCAAGGGAACGCUGUUCCUGAAGGAUUUAAUGCCAAUUAUCUCAAAGUCUACUACGGAAAGCUUUUUCCACACGCUGAUAUGUUCAAAUGGAUGUCCUAUGGAAAUGAUGGGAAGCAUCCUGCCUGUGAUCAGUCCUACUUUGGCCGAAGAGAAUUUUCGUUCACACUGGAUAAUGACAUUUAUCUCCGCUUUCAGUCUUUCAACAGCGCAUCUGAACUUGAAAACUCUAUCAAAGAAAAGUGUCCUUUUAAAAUAGAUAUCGGGCCUGUAUACAGCGUGGAUCCAGCAAAGAGACAUGCAUAUGCACAAAGUGGUGAUAAUGUUUUCGCUCCAGUGGAGAGGGAGCUUGUUUUUGAUAUAGAUAUUACAGAUUAUGAUGAUGUUAGAUACUGCUGCUCAGGAGCUGAUGUUUGCUUGGACUGUUGGCCACUAAUGACAGUUGCUAUCAAAGUGAUUGAUGCUUCCCUCAGAGAUGAUUUUGGUUUUAAUCAUAUUCUCUGGGUAUAUAGCGGUCGACGUGGUGUUCAUUGUUGGGUUUGUGAUGGGAAAGCAAGAAGGUUGACAAAUGAACAGAGGGCAUCUAUUGCCGAAUAUUUCCGUGUAUACAAGGGAAAUGAAAACAGUCAUAAAAAGGUGUCUCUAACGGUUCCUCUGCAUCCAUUCCUUGGGAGAUCAUACACUGAAGUUCUAAAGGACUUCUUUGAGUCAAAAUUGCUUUUAAGUCAAAAACUUUUUUCCACUGAAGAGAGAUAUGAGAAGAUCCUAGAGAUGAUUCCGGAUGAAUCUAUCACCUCUGAACUUCGGGGAAAGUGGCAGGACAAUAAGCGAUCCUCCAUGUCAAAAGAGGACACUAAUGUUGUUAGAUGGGAGCAACUAAAACAUAUACUGCAAUCAGGAAAACAAAAGGCACAAGCACUGCAAAGGUGUGUCAAAGAGAUUGUAUUCUCUUUUACCUACCCCAGGCUUGAUAUGGAGGUUUCAAAACACAUGAAUCAUUUGCUAAAAGCACCUUUCUGCGUACAUCCAAAAACAGGUCGUGUUUGUGUUCCUAUUGAUCCAAACUGUUGCGAAGAAUUUGACCCCACAUCAGUGCCAACCCUUUCCAAGCUUUUAGAAGAAAUUAACAUGGGAAGUUUGAGAGCAGAUAUUGAUAAUGAAUGGGAUAGAACCUCAUUGGGGAAAUCAAUUAGGUUUUUCAGAUCAUCAUUCUUGCAGCCUCUACUGAAGGUUUGCAAGGAAGAGAUAGAAAACUCAUACAAUGCGAAACUGCAACACUCAAAGAAUUCCCUGAAUUGGUAGUGUUUCUGUGAUUACGUCAUCACACCAUGUAUCCGGCGGCUAUCAGAGAUGGUCUGAUUAUAUUGCUAUGAUUAUAUAUGGAGGAACUGAAACGAUCAUGAUGGAAAUUUAACAAAAGGUUUGUGAAUGUCAGUCUGUUGUCCAGAGAACUGGAUGAAUAUUUAUUGUUGCUGGCAGACCCCAUUAUGUUUAUGUGAUGUCAAUUUUUUGGUUUGAAAGAACUUAUAAAGUUUCAUCUCGUAUAUUCUGCUGAUUGUUGAUAUGUUGCAAAAAUCCCCUCCCCCCCGCCGCAAAAAUCUCAUGCUGUGGUUCUCCAUUUAGGAGACAGAUUUCAUUAACUGAAGUGUACCCAUUCCAUAUCAUGUUUAUAACAAUAAAAAAAAAAAAAAAAAAAAGCAUUGCUGUUCA